AUGUUAAACCUGCCUCCAUUAAUAAACGAUGAUAAUUACGAGGUAGAGGAAGAGGAAGAAGAAAUUACUGUUAUUCGAAAUGUUCCUCGUGAAUUGUCUUCUGUAGACGAAGUUUUUGAAAUAUCUGCAAUUCAUCAAUUACAAACAAAUGGAGUCUUAUUCGUUGGAGAAGUUACUUCUUCUGCAGAGAAAGGAAAUGUAUUUAAAAAUUGCAAUGAUUUAACUCGUGUAGGGAUUUUUAUGAAAGAUUGUAUUGAUUCAGCUGUAGAUAAAGGUGCAGAUGUUAAAGUAUUG